UCCUCCCUGUCUUUUCCUCUGUCACUCUUUGUCCGUCUCAUGGUUACUUCAUCUGUGUGUCCCUGCUUCUUUCCAUCAGCCCCUCCUCUGUUGCUUUCCCUCUCUUUCUGUGUCUCUGGCUUCUGCUCUGAUGGUCCCUCUGCCAGUCUCUAUUUUUAUCCUUCUGACACACCUCCCGUGUCCACUUCUCUGUCUGUCUGUCUCUCCCCCUCCUGCUUCCCCUCGGGUCCCAGCUCCUGGUCCCAAUUAGUUGGUGGCUGCCAAGGCAGAGGCAGGGCCCCUACUCCUGGCUCCUCAUUACCGCUGGCGGCUCUUAAUGAGCCUGGUGGGGGGGCUGACCCGGCGCCCCCAGCCCCCUGGUCUGCGUCACUGCCCGCUGCGGGGGCCGUGGAGGCGAUAUAAGGGGGCCGAAGCCUCGCUGUCCGAGCCCACUGCGCGGUGAUGGAGACCCGCCAGGUGCCCAGGAGCCCCCGAGUGCGGCUGCUGCUGCUGCUGCUGCUGCUGCUUGUGCCCUGGGGCAACCGCACUGCCUCAGGAGUCGCCCUGCCCCCCGCGGGGGUCCUCAGCCUCCGCUCCCCCGGCCGGGCCCGGGCUGGACCGGCCACCCCCCUGUCGCGGCGGAGCCUAGCGCUGGCGGACGACGCGGCCUUUCGGGAGCGCGCGCGGCUGCUGGCCGCCCUCGAGCGCCGCCAUUGGCUGAACUCGUACAUGCACAAGCUGCUGGUGCUGGACGCGCCCUGAGCGCGGUGCCCGCCUGACCUCAAUAAAGAUCCUACUGAG